GCUGGCUCUUGCGCGGCAUCACCAAUGGGCUUGUAAACACGACUAAUAGCGACAUUCGAGCCCGUUGUUUUCGUAUUUACGCCUUUCAUUAGCCGCCCCACAGUGUCCUCGAGAAAGAACAACAUUGCCGAUCAUAGUCAGUGUGAGCCUCAUGUUUUGAUAACGUGGACCUGACAUAUAUAAAUGGCAUUGCUGUCCCAGGACCACGUCCUUUUUCCCUUUCUUCUUUUCAUACCAAGUACGUUCAUUGUCCUUUCUUUCUCCUUCCAUCUCGCACGCCUUUCACCCCCUCCUCUCUGUACUUUAACGCCCGCUUUAACGCUUCAUAAACACUACAAUGCAGUUCGCUAAGACUCUCGCUGUUGCUGCUCUCGCCGCCGUUGUUGUCGCUAAGGGCGACAUUGGUGAUGCUGGAAUCGCCGUUACCAACACCACCGAGGACCCGACCGCUGCCUCGGGCUCUGACGCCGCUCCGACUGCCCCGGCUGAGACCCCCGCCUCCCAUGCUAAGGAGACCCCUGCCUCGCAUGCUAAGGAGACCCCCGCCUCGAGCAGUGCCUCGGAUGCCGCCUCUGCUGCCGAUGAGGAGUCCGGUGCCGGCUCUGCCGCCCCUUCGGCCGCCCCUUCGGCCACCGCCAAGCCCUCGGGCUCCGCCAAGCCCUCGGCCGCCUCCAAGGGUGCUUCGGCUGGU